UCAAAUGUUUUUGAGUCAUCCAUAUUGGCGAAGUUUUAGCUACGGAAGUGAUGAACAAGUUUUGCUAAAUAGUAGUUUUCUUUAUUACGCAGCAUUUACCGAAUAAGAAAUUGUUAUUCCAGUGUUUUCUUUUGCUCUGUUUCUUGUAUCUGAAAUGCAUUAAGCGAUAGAUAUUUAUAUAAACCCCAAUGGUUUGAAAAGACAGAGUGUACGUUCUCGCAGUUCCAUUCUUCACAGUGGCUGAAAAUCCUGAUCCAAGUUAAAUACAUCCAGUAUUUAUACGGAAACUACUGUGUUGCAAUAAUCAGUGCACAUUGAUAAAAUUGAAGGAAACGAAGUAAAUUAAGCAACAUGUCCGCUGGCCCGUACAACUAUUCGUACAUUUUUAAGUACAUUAUUAUUGGUGAUAUGGGUGUUGGAAAAAGCUGUCUUCUCCAUCAGUUUACCGAAAAGAAAUUUAUGGCCAGCUGUCCCCAUACGAUCGGUGUUGAGUUUGGAACACGGCUCAUUGAGGUGGACAAGUUGAAAAUCAAACUGCAAAUAUGGGAUACCGCUGGGCAAGAGCGGUUUCGAGCUGUUACUCGAUCGUACUAUAGAGGAGCCGCUGGAGCUUUGAUGGUAUAUGAUAUUACUAGAAGGUCGACCUACAAUCAUUUGUCAAGCUGGUUGACUGAUACGCGAAAUCUAACGAACCCUAAUACUGUGAUAUUUCUGAUUGGUAAUAAAUCAGAUCUUGAGAGCACCCGUGAGGUUACCUACGAAGAGGCGAAAAAGUUUGCCGACGAAAACGGACUUAUGUUUGCCGAGGCCAGUGCAAUGACCGGCCAAAACGUAGAGGAAGUGUUUUUGGAAACAGCCCGCAAAAUUUACCAAAGCAUUCAGGAUGGUCGUCUCGAUCUAAACUCGUCUGAAACAGGAGUUCAACACAAACCAUCGCAACCUACUCGAACAACGCUCAGCAAUGACGUGCAGAACAAUAAGGACAAUUGUUCGUGUUAAUCUCAGCAUCUCGUGGCCAUUUUAGUGCGAAAGGAACCAAUAGAAACUGUAAUAUUUCGGAAAACAGAACCCCGAAUUCCACUAUCACAGGAAUACUAAUCGGUCGGAAUCUAUGUCGUUUUGCCAAAGUGAGUUCGAAACUGGCACAAGAAUAAGAAUCACCACGGUAGACAAAACUGUACUCGUAGCGAUUGCUUAUUUUUGUGAACAAUUUAUUUGUUAUUAAAUAUUUUAUGUUUUGUGUUGUCCAAGAGUUGAAAUACUCUGGAGCAUGACCAGAUUUUAUUAUUUACUAAAAUAUUUAUUAGGUUCUGUUUCAUGAUAUACAAGGUCUAAUUCUGUAUAAAACAUAGUAAUACACAUGUAGUAUAUAUUAAUGGCCCCAUCAAAUGUAUGCAGGUUUAAAACAAAAGCAAGAGCAAAAUUCAAAACGCUCACAAAAUUCAGUUGCUACUUUCCACUAUACUAAGUGAUUUUUGAUUCCAUUUUGAGUCACCAUAAACGAGUAUCCCACGUACAUCCUUUCCUGUUCUUUAGUACAAAGCAUGUGCUAAUCCGAAUCUGAGUCUUUACCUGGAGCCAGUUGAUACUUUAUAAACCAAUAGCGGCAGUGAAAUAUGAAAAAGAGCAAUGCUGCCAGUAAAAUGUCCAAUAUUCCAUUGAAAAUCCGUGUAUAUUGAAUUAUAAUGAGCACCAGCAACAGUCAUUGUCUAAAACUUUAUAAAAUAAUUAGCAUUGGAGAUAUUUGGAAAAUCAAUUAGUUUAAAAAGUCCUUAAUGAACAAGUUAAAUACCAGCACUUAAGUAUUAAAUCGAAUUGAAGAAAAAAUAUAUACUUAGUCAAGUGGACAUAAAAUGAACAAAUAAAUAGAAAAAUUAACAUUGUUCGAAAUAAAAUCUUUAAAUCGAUAUAACUCGGCUA